AUUCAGUUUUCACCGUUAUUUUUGUGUUCAAUGUUACUGUAAACGGAGGAGAUUUCUGUGCUAGUUUAUUUAGCUGCCAUCGCUAAGCUGACGUUUCUCUAUACUCUCGGUGAUAGCAUCCUAUCAACUGCUGUACCUUAGGAAAAACUACAUAAUCCUACGAGUGUGGUCUAGACCACAUAUAGCUAUGUCUCGCAAAAUUUCUAACCUAAAUGUAGUCGAACUUGAAGAACCAUCCAAAUAUAUUAAGCCAUACCGAAUGAACUUUAUCCAGGAUGGUCGGCAACGCACAUGGGAUGGUAUUCUAGCACAUGAUAGUGUUUCAGUACUUCUGUAUCAUUCUGAGAAAAAGUCGUUACUUUUCGUAAAGCAGUUUCGCCCAGUUGUAUACUAUUCAAAGUUGAAAAAGCUUGGACUUAUCCGAAGUGUAACAGAUGGUCCAGUUGAAAGCAGUGAGAUUAAUCUCCCAUCUAGCAAAAUUGGGGAAACAUUAGAACUGUGUGCUGGAAUAAUCGAUGGAGUUCAAAAGAAUCCAAAGUUAUAUGCUGUUCAAGAGGUUUUGGAAGAAUGUGGCUAUAAAAUCAAUGAAGAUUCCUUGCAUUUAAUAAAUUCGUUUUAUUCAAGUGUUGGAUUAGCAGGUACUGAAGUAACUUUAUACUAUGCUGAAGUGCAUGAAAAUCAGAAAGUUCCUAACGCUGGUGGUGGAUUACAUGAAGAAGGUGAAUAUAUUGAAGUCAUAGAAUGGCCUAUUUCACGAAUUGAAGAACUAUUUCAAAAUGGUACCAGUGGUACUCACCAACAACCUACUUCACUGUCAUUAUUGUAUGCAAUAAUGUGGUUCAAACAGAAUAUUCUACCUUCUUUACUUUUAGAAAGUUAGUUUUUUUAUUGACCGAAAUUAAAUUCGUAUAUGUGGAGGAAGGUAGAAGCUUACAAACAAUUAGAUUUAUUUUAGUCACUUCAUAUUAUAAAUGUGUCUUACUGUUUCUUAGUUGAAAUCAUCAUCUUUCAUCGUAUGAAUUAGCCAGCAAUACACUUUUCUUUAUUCUUUCACUUAUAAAAAACACUACCGAUCAAAUUAAAACUAUUUCCAUCUUUCUGUAGAAAUUCAGUAGGUUUGACGAAAAUUCUAUAAUCUUGUGUUUUCUCUUGGAAAUAUUUUCAAGAGAUGAUAUUUGGUCAAUGUUAACAACUAUUUGUUUCUUCUUUAUGCAAUGUAAUACUUGUAAGACAUUUAAUCAGAUUUAGCUAAAUAGGAUUUCCUUUUUUUAAAAACUUUCCAUUUUCACGUUCUUAAAAAGUGUACUCCAAGGUAAGUCUGUCAUCACAAAACUUUUAUUCUUUUAUGAAUAAACAUGACUUUCAUAUUGUAUCAUCUUCAGUCAAAGCUACAAUAAACUUUCUUAGUGCAUUUUGUUUUCCUCGAUUGUUGUAGGCUGGAUUAGUGAGUUAUUGAAAAGAGUGCUUAAUUCUGUUAUGAGUAUUCCGUGAUAUUGUCUCACCUUUGAAUCUCAUAACUAGGUCUAUACGUAACGGUUGUAUUUAGUAUUUUGGUUCCAUCGUACAUCAGAAAUUAAGACUUGUCAUGUUUAGAUUUAGAUACGCAAUUCGGCAUCUUGUGAAUGCAUAUUAGAUAGUCGGUGACAGUAUAGUAUAAGGACGAAGCAAUCGGAAUCGAGAAUAUGAAUUUUAGACCAUUGAGCGGAAUUCAGAUAUCACGUUUAGAACAGAUGAUUGGAAAUGAACUUAACUUCGGUUCGUAAUUCUGGCAGUCAAAUUGGUGACCACUCAGAAUAAAGCGGAGAUUAUCAUUCCCAAAAUCCUAGUAAGCGAUGAUGAUCGGCUUGUCUCGUUCUGUUUUUCUACGUUGGCUUUUUGGUAUCGCUGCAAAGCUUUCUGUGGCAUAGGAUAUCAUUCAUACGUGUAAUGCACGUGUCCGGUGUAAG